AUGAGGGUACUACUUGGGCUACUCUGCUUCGUAGCAAUGUUCGAAGUGAUCUCGACAGGGCUCAUCCCGAAAGUUUCAGGUUUCAAGCGACCACCGCCGAAACACAAAGUACUGAAGUUUUUAGAAAAAAUACUUUUUACAAAAAUAUAUUUCAGAUCCUCCGCCAAACAAAAGAACAAGCGAAUCAGCCGGAAAAUCGGAAAAUGUCCUGCUUUUUCUGCACUUUCGCUGUUGAUGGAGUUCAAGCUCUUAUUGCUUCAAACGCGACUGACAUGGAAAUUGCAGAUUUCCUUGUGUGAGAACACUUAUCCAAAAGGGCUUUCGAAAAAAAAAAUGGUUUUUAGAAGCCUUUGCGAUACGUUGGAAGUUGAACAACCUCAUGUUUGCAAGAACAUUAUUUUCGCUUUCAAGGUUUGCUUCUAAAAACUCAAUCGCCGGAAGUUUCAACUAAUCGAGAGAGCUGGAAAAGUAUUUAAGGAUGAAGUUGUAUUUGUGCUGGAGAGGUCUCUCUUCACGCCAGCAGAGAUCUGUGGAGCUUUUAUCCAGGACUGUGGACAUUCUGACGCACCACUGACUCAUAUGUGGAACAUUACCAUUCCAGGAGGGAAACCACCAGUCAAACCAUGGCCAACUAUUCCGGUAAACCUUAGAAACAAAAUCAUUCUGAGACCAAUCUUCCUCAGGAGGGAAAGCCAAAACUGAAGGUUCUUCACUUUUCGGACAUCCACAUUGACCGACAGUACGCUGUUGGAUCCGAAGCGUACUGUCAAAUUGACAGUCCUCUGGGAACUUACGCCAUGUGCUGUCGAGAUUAUCAAGACGAGGUGGAACUGGAUUCUAGGAUGAAACCCAGUCCGUUCCAAAAUGAUAAUACUGUUGAAAAUGGAAAAUUUUUUUCUAGAAAAGAUCCUUCAACCGGCUGGACCUUGGGGAAUGCCUUUUGCUUGUGAUCUGCCGUAUCAAACUUUCGAAUCAGCAGUCAAGCACAUCAACAAAACAGAAACAGGAGUUAAUUUCCCACAAAAAAGCUGUUUUCACGUGAUAAUCGCUGCAGAUCGACUAUAUAAUGGUCACUGGAGAUUUUGAAGCUCACGACUCUUGGGAUUACACGGAGGAACUCACGCGGCAGAACAUUAACAACAUGACAGAUCUUUUCUUGAAAUAUUUCCCAAACAUUCCUGUUUACAUUUCGAUCGGCAAUCAUGAAGCGGUGCCUCAAGACGCGUGAGUCGAUUGAUUUGCGUUUGGAUUUGACAGACUUAGACCAGAAAGAAAAUAAGAGUAGUACUUCUUGAAAUUGAAUCAUUUUCAAAAUUAUUGACAUAAAAAAUUAAAAAAGAAAAAAUAGAUUCGAGUCUUUAAAGAGCUUUCCUGAAGUGCUGUCUAUUUUCAUGAAUUCCAAGGAUAAAAUUAACGAGGCAUAAACCAUUUUUCGCCUUUUUAUUUUCGUCAACUUUUAUAUGAUUCAUAUUUUUCCGUGUAUGACAAACUUUAUCCAUGAUUCGAUAUUUAAAAAAAAGGGUGUAACUUUUUUCUCAGAUUUUGAUUCAAUUCCAGAAUGGCGCCCCAUACGAUGCCUGAAUAUGACACCAGAGGACCGCAAUGGCUUUACAAGAUCAUGUCCGACAUGUGGGGAAAUUGGAUUCCGCAGUCUGCUUUGGACACCGUUCAAUAGUAAAAAAACUUUUAUCCAACUCAAAAGUUGAGAAUUUAGCCGUGCCAGCUACGUAGUUUAUCCGAAACCAGGGCUGAAGCUCAUCUCGAUUAACACCGUUUACUGUUCUGAGUUCAACUUGUAAGCUAAUAUCCCUUUUAAAAAAAUAAUUUUCCUAUUUCAAGCUAUCUCUACGUCAAUGAAAUUGAUCCCGAUGCAACUUUGCAAUGGCUCAUUGAAGAACUUCUCGAUUCUGAGCAAAAAGGAGACCGUGUAACCUAAAAAACCCGGCUCAUAAUAACUAUAAUAUAACUGAAAAUUUGAGGUCCACAUAAUCUCUCAUAUCCCUCCUGGAGAUGACUAUUGUUUGAAAGGAUGGUCGCACAACUUUUUCGCAAUUGUCAACAGGUGGGUUAUGAAAAUCGUGAGAAUUAGAAAUAAAUGAUAGCUUCAGAUUUGAGAGCACUAUUGCUGAGAUGUUUUACGGUCACACUCACUAUGACCAUUUUCAGGUACCCUUUUUCAAAGAAAAAUCUGCUGUAUUUGUUCUUAUUGGAGUUCCAAACAGUUCAAAGUUCAUAACUUCUUCUCAGGUUUAUUACGAGCCGGGCACUCGAAGACCAUUCCACCAAAACUGGAUUUCCCCUUCGAUAACGACUUACAACUGGCUGAACCCAGCCUAUCGUAUUUAUGACAUCGAUGGCGGUUACGAAGGAGCAACUUAUGUGGAUAACUUUGAAGCUUAAAAAUCAUCAAGAAAAUUCCAGAACGUCAAAGACGCAUACACCUAUGACACCGAUGUCGUUGUAGCGAACCAACAGAACAAAGAACCUGUCUGGAAAUUGAGCUACAACACGAAAGUCUCGAUAAUCCUCAAUGUUUUGUUCAAAAGAAAACGUUCAGGAGUUCUACCAGAUGCCUGACUUCUCGCCUCAAUCCUGGUCUGACCUGACUGACCGACUGUGGAGCAACCACACUUUGUUCAGACAGUUCAUCAAGUGCUGCUCCUUCCUCUUUUUUUUCUAAAUGGAUUAUUCAGGCUUUACUACCGCAAUGAAUACAACAACGAGUGUUACACGGACUAUCAAUGCCGAUACAGAUUUGUGUGUUAUUUGAAGAAAGGCAGAAGCUACGACGAAAGCUUCUGCGACAAACUUACGCGAUAA